AUGGCUGCAAAGUGUUGGGCUCAAUACACAUUACAGCAAGACUACCUACAAGGCGGCAAUUUCUUCGAGCAAUUCUCAUUCUUCACCGCGCCAGAUCCGACGGACGGCUUCGUUACAUACGUCGAUCAAGCGACCGCCCAGGCUGCGGGAUUGAUCCAGUCUUCUGGCAACCAAGUCACCAUAUCCGUCGAUGAUACAUCAACCACCACCACGGGCCGGCAAAGCGUCCGCUUGACCAGCCUUCAGAGCUACCAGUCGGGACUGUUUAUUAUCGAUCUUGCACACAUGCCUGGGAGCAUUUGUGGGACAUGGCCCGCGUUUUGGACUGUAGGCCCGGAUUGGCCCAACCAGGGUGAAAUUGACAUCAUCGAAGGCGUGAAUCAAAACACGAUGAAUGCAAUGACACUCCACACCGGCGACGGUUGCACAAUCAACAAUUCUGGCUUCAGCGGCACAUUGAGCACCAGCGAUUGCUACACAUACGCCCCGAAUCAAGCGUCGAAUGCCGGUUGCUCAAUCGAUGCAACCUCGGGCAACACUUACGGCACGGGCUUCAACAACGCGGGUGGCGGAGUGUACGCCAUGGAGCUGACCGCAAACUCGAUCGCCGUCUACUUCUUCACCCGAGCAUCAAUUCCCGAGAAUGUUCUCAGCGACUCUCCCGAUCCAUCUACAUGGGGCGAACCAUUGUCCUACUUCUCCGGCGACUGUGACUUUGCGUCGAAAUUCACCAAUCAACAGAUUGUGUUUGACGUCACCUUCUGCGGCCAGUGGGCGGGAGCUGUGUGGCCGACGAGCAGCUGUGCGUCGCAAUUCGGCAGCUCAUGCGAAAACUACGUGGGACAGAACCCGUCGGCCUUUUCCGAGUCGUACUGGUCCAUCAACAGCCUGAAGGUGUUUGAGAACACGGAGCAUUGGCCAGCCGACGACUACGCCUCAAGCACCACCCGCCGGCCCUUCCACCCUGCCUUUCAGCUGGAGACCAGCACCACCUUUGACGACCACCUCAUCCGUUGA